UAAAUUUUGGGGUAUAAAGAGGGAUAGAAGAGAGAGUGAUGAAGAGAAGAGAAACAUGGCAUCAGCAACAGUAACUGAAGGUGGCAUCACCGACGUGCCUGCCAACAGCGUGGAGAUCGAAAAUCUGGCUCGCUUCGCCGUUGACGAUUACAACAAAAAGCAGAAUGCGGUUUUGGAGUUUGUGAGAGUGAUAAGUGCAAAAAAGCAAGAUGUGAGUGGCGUGUUGUACUACAUAACCUUGGAGGCCAAAGAUGGUGAAACCAAGAACGUGUAUGAAACCAAAGUGUGGGUGAGAGAAUGGUUGAACUCUAAGGAGGUGCUUGAAUUCAAGCUCGUCUCAGCAGACACAAAAGGAGGUGGAGUCAGCGAUGUUCCUUCCGACACCGCUCACAUCGAGAAUCUCGCUCGCUUUGCCGUUGAUCAAUACAACAAAAACCAGAAUGCAAAUUUGGAGUUUGUGAGGGUGAUUGAUGCAAAGGAACAGGUGGUGGAAGGGUUCAUGUAUUAUAUAACUUUGGAAGCAAAAGAUGGUGAGAGUACAAACGUGUAUGAAGCGAAGGUGUGGGAGAGGUCAUGGAUUAACUCCACAGAGUUGCUGGAUUUCAAGCCUGUGGAUGUUGCUCUUUAAUCCUCUUUCGCUCUUUGAAUAAGACUACUUAAGUAUGCAUGUAUGGUAUAAAUAAAGGUAAUUCAUGUUACCUACGAUGUAUGCGGCAUAUACGUUUCGCAUAAACUUAAGCAUCAACUCCACUACGUUAUCAUAAAAUUAUAUUUAUUUUGCUUCCUCCA